GGUGGGUGUAUGUUUUGUUUGUCUAUCUAUCAAAUAUGUAUCCGUCUAUCAAAUGACAUUCUUUCUUCGUACGCCUACCACAAUCCACAAUGCACAAUCCGUUUAGAAAAGAAAAACAUUUGGAAAUUAGAAAGAAAGAAAAAAACUCUCAACGUUUUUUUCUUCUUUCUUUCCUUCGUUGCUUUCUAGAUUCCUUCUAGACUGUUUUACCAAAUCCACCGAGCGCAAGUCUUGAGAUGAAAUUUGUAAAUCAUGCGCGGGCUGCGCGGGGACAGGGAUGCACACGCUUGGGCAUUCAUGCACAACCACCGUUUGAGUAAUAGAUUGGGGGAGGUGGACGAUUGGCAUUAUGGAUGAGAGGGGGAGAGCGAGCAAGUUCCUAGUUAUGUGCGUGUCACUUGGGACGGUUUGGGAAGGAGAAUGGAUCCUCGAUGGAAGUUUGCUGGUGGAGGUUGGGCGGAGAGACAGAGCAUGAGGAGGUAAUUUCGAAGGGAUAUGAAGCGCUAUUGAUUUUGGGGAAAGGUUUUUGAAGUUUGACGCGGUUAGUUUGGAGAUGAAAUGAGGGACGUUGGGAUGGGAGGCGUGGAUGCGAUGGAGAGUGGUGGAUGGAGUGAUGACGAAAUUGGCUCUUGGGAGUUCUUAUGAAGGGGCAGCUGUUCGCACCUUUUUCUAUUUCUUUUCUCUUCGAUGAGUUGUCUUUAGUAGCUGUCAUUAAGAAGAUUGUCUUUUCGAUACCCAGAUACCCAGAUACCCAGAUUCUAUUCACUUCUUCGGACUACGACAUCAUCUCGAGUCCCUAUUACUUUUACCGUCUUCGACAAGAAACAGACAAGCACACUCCCCAUCUCCAUCCUCAUAAUCACAUAAUCCCACACACUACACCCGCAGCACUUACGCUCCGGGCCCUUGGAAAUCUUUCAAAAUCUUUCACUCACACCCCCGUCAAAGGCCGCACAUAACCUGUCGUCUUCUCUCCAUUCGGCCACGCAGUUCUCGCUCCCGAACAAAUUCAAACAUGUCUUCUGCUCCUACAACCACUGGACCGAUCCUGGCUCCGACCAAUACGGUCAAUCCCCUCCCCGCUACACCUGCUGAGGCUGCCGCCGUCGGACCAGCCGCUUCGGGAACGGCAUUGGAUUUGCAUACGCAGACUGAAGAUGCGGGCAAGGAAUACAAAAAUGCGCAAAAGGCUGAGAAAGCUUAUGCGCAGAAGAAGAAAUGCAUGAGUGCGAGAAAGGAUUGGUAUGAUUGUAAAGUACAUUUUGCAGCUGGAGUGCAGGGGUUCAGAGAGGGAGGAAAAUGUGUUGGGCGGGUUGUUAAGGCCGGACCGGCUUUGGCGAUGGAAAAAGUUAAGGGGGGAAAGGGCCAAAGGGUCAAGUCUGUAGACAGUGGUCUUUCUGGAGAGAGUAUCGCGGUGGAGAAGGAGAAUGCUAAUAAGAAGAGUGGGAAUGGUGGUGUUAAAGCAAAGGUGAUGGGGUUGAAAGAGAAACUUCUAGCAAUCAAAGAGAAGCGGGCGAUGGAGAAGCAGGCAAAAGCUAAUGAGAAAGCUGGCAUUGCUACUUCUACUGCAAGUGGAGCUGCAGUAACAACACCAGCAGCAGAAGCUACACCUGUCGCUCCCGUCGCUCCCGUUGCAGCAACCCCAGUCCCAAGCCCAACACAGACCAAACAGGAAAAAAAGAGAAUGACUCUGGAUCAGGUGAGAGAUCGAAUCCUUUCCUACCGUCACUCAAAUUUCUUUUCCACAUCAUCGGACGAUGAUGACGAAGAGGUGAACGUCGCGCCUCGAAUUGCAGAGAAUCCAACAAGAAGAAGCCAAAGCGCUCGCACGGCAGGAAGCGGAAGCCUCCGCCGCAAACGUCACAGCGGCGGCAGGAGAAACGCCAGUGGUGGCUCCCACCCCAGCUCCAGCGCAACCUCAAGGACUAACUCCAAUCCAAACCACGCACACCCCAACAUCGUUGGCGAACCCCCCGCAAUUACCUCCCAAGACGCAGUUGAGCCCCCCGGGAUCCCCAACGAAGGGAACCAUGGAGCCGAUUCACGAGGACGGGGAGACGGCGACCCUGCCACUGGCGAGCGGGAUCCAGGGGCCGGGGGAACCCCAGAACUCUGGGGUAGUUGGGGGAGGAGCUCCGGCAGGACAAUAAGCGAAGGCGGCGAUGGGGGCGGCGAGGGGUUGAAAGCGAGAGUGGCGGUUAUGGUGCGAGGACGAUUGAGGGGGGGUGAUGCGCGCGCGCCUGCUUUCCCAUGGUUUGCUGCGCAUUACGCCGACGAGAGCGAGGAUUCGAGCGAGGAGAAAAAGGAGAAGAAAAAAGAGAAGAAAAAAGAAAAGAAGACCAAUGCGAACACGGGAACACGAACAGCGACAGAAACCGAAACAGGAGCGAAAAAAAAAUCAACGAGAGCACGAAUUAUGGGACGCUUUACGACGACGCCAAAACAUGCAGAGAUGAGUUAUAACGAGAAGCGAUUUCGCAGACCGGGGACGCUGGCGACGCUGCGCUUGCGAUGCCAGUUGUUUGUGGCGAAAGUGAGGGAUCGGGCGAGUGAUGCGAUGGGCUGGGUGGGGGUGGGGAUUAUGGAUUUCUUGGGGAGAGUGAGUGAGCUGGGAGAGGGGAUUGGGAAGAAGAUUGGAGGGAAGAGGGGGAAGAAGGAGGAGGAGGAGAAGAAAAAGAAGAAGAAGAAGAAGGUUAGGUUUUCGAGGAGAGGGUUUUUUUCAGGCCGUGUGAUUUGAUUGGUGGUGUGGUGUGGUGUGGAGGAGGGGAGGGGAGGGGAGGGGAGGGGAGGG